UGUAAGAUAAGGAAUAAAAUAGGAAGAGAGAGAGAGAGAAGCUAAGCUGCCAUAAUAUUGUAUGGUAGUUUUGCAGCUAAAGAUUCAAAGACAAAGUAAUAGUAGAGAACCUCUGUAACAACAAAAGAAGAGGAAGAAGAAAUUAGUAGUCUUUCUGUGAAUGGAAGGAAUCAUGCAGUUGUAACCAUUGUUUUGUCUGGUUUUAACUUUUGUUUACCUCACACACACUGUAGUAUAAUCUUGGGAUUUAGCUGUUUUCAGCAAAUCUUUGGUUUCUUCUGAAGCUGAGCUGUUUGUUUUGGUUCUUUCUUAGUUACACUCCUCCUCCUCCUCCUUCUUCUCCCCUAUCUUCACUCCAAACUUCAGUUGCAAAAAUGAUGUCCGAUGAUGGACUUUCUUCCUUACCUUUCAUUCAAGAUCCAAACCCUAGUAAUAAUCCAAACCCUAAUUCAAAUCCAUCUGCCAAGAGAAAAAGAAACCUCCCUGGAAAACCAGAUCCAGAUGCAGAAGUGAUAGCACUAUCACCCAAGUCACUGAUGGCGACGAAUCGAUUCAUAUGUGAAAUCUGCAAUAAGGGUUUUCAAAGGGACCAGAAUUUGCAGCUCCACAGAAGAGGUCACAACUUACCAUGGAAGCUCAAGCAAAGAAACAAAAAUGAAGUGAUCAAAAAGAAAGUUUACAUUUGUCCAGAAAAGACAUGUAUCCACCAUGAUCCAUCAAGAGCUCUAGGGGAUUUAACAGGUAUUAAAAAACACUAUUCAAGAAAACAUGGUGAGAAGAAAUGGAAGUGUGAGAAAUGUUCAAAGAAAUAUGCAGUUCAAUCUGAUUGGAAAGCUCAUACUAAGAUUUGUGGUACAAGAGAAUAUAAAUGUGACUGUGGAACUCUCUUCUCCAGAAAGGACAGCUUUAUAACACACAGAGCCUUCUGUGAUGCUUUAGCAGAAGAAAGUGCAAGAUUUACAUCAGUUCCAAGUACAGCAACUCUUAACUUCAGAAAUGAAUUGCUCAGUGGGGGAAUGAUUAGUGGAAAUCCCCAAUUUGGUAAUUCUUUAUUUAGGCCUGAAUUUAUGGGACUUGGAUUGGACCCUGCAAUUAAUCAUCAGCUCAAUAAUGUUGAUGGACAAAAACCAAGGAUGCCACUUUGGUUGGAAAAUAAUAUUAAUCCAAAUUCAGGUAAUAACGCCAAUGAUUUUUUAGUAGCAUCAUCAAGCUCUACUAGCAACUUGCCUCAUCAAUUGGUCCAAAUGGCGCCCCCUCAUAAUAAUCAACAGUGGUUCGUUAAUGGUGGCGGUGGUCGUGAUGAUUCUGGUUUUGGGUCUUCCUCGUCCCUUCCUUCGCGAGUUUUAAGGGAGGAAGAAGAUAACAAAAGAAAUUUGUGUGAGACAAUAAGUUCAAUGUACUACAACAGUCAUCAGCAAGAAACAACAACACCACCAUCUCAUAUGUCGGCAACUGCACUUUUGCAAAAAGCAGCCCAAAUGGGAUCAACGAGGAGCAAUUCGGCCCUCUUUGGCAGUGGAUUUGGGCUGAUGGGGUCAUCUUUUUCAAAAAGCAAUGGACAAUUUGCAGCUGAUCAGAAUUUGAAUGGAUUAAUGAUGAAUUCACCUCCAUCAGCUGUUUCAACUUUGACGACUACCAAUAAUAAUCAAGCUGGAAAUAGGCUGUUGUUAGGCGGGGAUCUUAUGAACUCGAGUUCAUUAGAGGGUAAUUCAAGUGCAAAGAAUUCAGAUCCUUUCUUGAUGCUGAAUAACAAAGGAAAGCAAAUAAAUCUGAGUGGAAAUGAAGCUAUUGAAGGAAGCUUAACAAGAGAUUUUCUUGGUGUAGGAGGGAAUGAAAACAGGCCCUUUUUGUCCAAAACUGAGCUGGCCAAGUUUGGGAAUACUUCUAGUUCAGCCAUGGGAUUAAGCCAGUACAACGGAAGUCAUUUAGACGAAUAAAGGUGGGUUAUUUUUUUCCACUCGACUUAUGUAUAUAUAUGCAAAAAAGUUAAAAGGUAUACUCUAAGCUUGUUCACUCUGAACUCACUUGCUCAAAAUUCUGGAGUCAUAUACUAGAAAAAAGGUCCAAACUUGUGGGGGAGCUAGCUCUUAGUUCAAGAAUUUUCACUAUAAUGGAAUGAUACAAGGUUAAGAAUCUAAAGGCCAAAUUAAGCUUCAAUCUUCAAGAGAGAGAAAGAGGAAGGAAGGUGCAGCAAUAUUGAGAGAUCUUGUGAAUUGUCAGAGAAAUGGGGUCCACUGAAUGUUGGAAGAGAGUUGAUAAAGCGACUUGACAAUCACAAGUCAGGCUUUUCCUCCGUUGUGUUACUUACUGUUCGUAGAAAGAUUACUGUCUUUUUACAUUUUUUUUCCUUUUGAGUGUUCAAUUGAUUUCUGCAAAAACUGCGACUCUCCGUUGGCUGCCACAUUUUGAAUCUUUUGGAAUAAUUUCGUUGGUAUUUUAGUUUUGGAUUUAAGUAUUUAACUCAUAUACUCACAGUGCAAAAAAAAUAAAUAAUUAUACUAUCAUUGGGUUUUAAUAUGUUA